AUGAAGACGGAACCUAAACUCCGUCCUGUUGGCUUCACCCCCCCCUCCCGUUGCUCUUCACUUUCCCCUCCCGUUGCUCUUCACUUCCCUCCACCGUCGCCCUCGCUACCCCCUGCCAUCGCCCUGCUCAUUCUCCCGUCGCCCUCUCUUCCCUGGCUCACCCUGUUUCCCAUGCUCCUUCUCUUCUCCCUGUCUCAGUCUGUCUGUCUCCCCUGCUCAUUCUCCUCCCCCUCUCCCCCCCAAGGGCCCACCCACUCUUCCUCAAGUUGUUGUCGCUGGUGCACUUGCGCCAUCGGUGAGUGUGGGCCAGCAGCAUCACCAGCACCUCUGUCUCGCUGCUCCUCGCCUUCCCCCGCCUGCUCUCCGCCAACCUCGCCUGGACUGCCCUCUCCCACCACCCGUCCACCUCUCCCUCACUGCCCUGCUCCUCCCCCCUGCCAGUUCCCUCUCCCCUCCUCCUCAUCCUGUCCCUCCGCCUCAUCUCCUUCCUCCACUCACUCCUCCGCUUCCUCCACCCCCCUCACUCAUCUCGGUCUCUCUGGUGUCUCAGUCGCUCCUCCCUCCUCCCUCUUCCCCUCCCACGAGCUCGCCUCUUUCACUCACUUGGACCCCUCCCACUAG